AUUUUAUCUCUGUUUUGCUACAUCGUCUUCCAUCCCUAUACGCCCUUCUCUCUCUCUCUCUCCCCGUAGGGUUAGGGUUUCUUCUUCGUUCUUCGAUCUUUCCGUACGAUAAUCAUCUCUGCUUAGCCACCAUGUCUUCGCCGAAGAUAAUCGUGUUGAAGAGUUCUGACGGCGAAACUUUCGAGGUGGAGGAAUUGGUCGCUCUGGAAUCGCAGACCAUCAAGCACAUGAUCGAGGACAACUGCGCCGAUACUUGCAUCCCUCUGCCCAACGUCACCAGCAAGAUCUUGGCUAAGGUCAUCGAGUACUGUAAGAAACAUGUCGAGGCCCCGAAGUCCUCCGACGGCGACAAGUCCUCCGAUGAGGAUCUCAAGUCCUUCGAUGCUGACUUCGUCAAAGUCGACCAGGGCACUCUUUUCGACCUCAUCCUGGCUGCCAACUAUCUCAACAUCAAGAGCCUGCUCGACCUCACUUGCCAAACUGUGGCAGACAUGAUCAAGGGCAAGACGCCAGAGGAGAUCCGCAAGACUUUCAACAUCAAGAAUGAUUUCACUCCUGAGGAAGAAGAGGAGGUUCGCAGGGAGAAUGCUUGGGCAUUUGAGUGAAGUGGAAGUUUGAAAUGUCAAUAUUAUGGGUCUUUUGUUUUGAAUGCUGUUAUGGAUUUCUUGACACUAGUAGUAAAUAUUUUGUCAUCCUUUUACUUUAAUGAUGGUUGGCAUCAUAGUGCAAUGAACUACGUGACUUCAAACCAUCACUUGUUAUUUAUGAAUGUGUUGCUGUUUUAUGUUUGAAAGUCCAGUCCUUGAGGUUCUUGUAA